GGUCGAUUCAAAAGACAAGCCCAGUCGCCAUGGCCGGCACAAUCCUUUCCUCUUCUAACGACCAUCAUGUCUACCUACACCGUCCAAGUUUCCAACCUCUCUCCAUCCACGACUCAGGAGCACCUCCAUGAGUUCUUCUCGUUCUGCGGAAAGAUCUCUUCCAUCGAGCACGAUGCUGGGAAGCAGGCUGCUACCGUCCACUUCGAGAAGUCGUCCGCUGCAAAGACAGCGCUGAUGCUCAACGGCGGCAGCCUCGACGGCUCAACGCUGACGGUAACGAGUGAGAAUGAGCACACCGAUGAGAGGCCGACUUCUGCAGGCGAGGGCGCUCACAUCGAGCAGAGCGAUAAGCCUCGCGCAGCCAUCGCCGCAGAGUACCUCGCUAAGGGCUACCAGCUACACGACCACAUCCUCCAGCGCGCAAUCGAGCUCGACAACAAGCACGGCAUUUCGUCGCGCUUCCUUAACUACAUGAAGUCAAUCGACGGCACUCUCGGCCAGAAGGUUGUCGGGCAAGACAAGACCAUCUCGGGGCACGUCCAGGAGAAGGUCGCUCAGGCGACGCAGCAGGCUAAGGCGCUCGAUGAACAGAAGGGCUACUCCAAGCAGGCAUCCGAUUACUAUACCCGUGCGAUCUCCUCGCCAUGGGGCAAGACGGUCUUCCAAUUCUACACAACGACGUCGAAGCAGGUUCUCGACAUUCACGAGGAAGCGAAGCGCCUCAAGGAGACCCAGACUGCGAAGCCCGCGGACUUCGGCACUGCGUCUACUGGCGUCGGCACGACUGCGCCCCCUCUCGACCCCGCCGUGCAGUCGACCGAGAAGCCGCUCGUUUGAGGAGAUACCACGUUGAAGUGAGAAGCUGGGAAACAAAUGUAUGUAUGAGUUACCCCUGGAGAAGCGAUUUGCAGUGUAUGGUGCUUGUGCUUGGUAGAUUCACGUGGGCUGAAUAAUUGUUUCCUGUCCUAUGAUUUUAUUAAGUACUUAAAAAGCUCAGUUUAUUA